UUUGAGUAUAAUUACGUUUUGAUGCAAAUCAAGUCUUCAAACUGUUACUAACAGUUUUAGGGGUACUUGAGUUACUUUACACUAAAGUAACUUGAGUUACUUUAGACUAAAGUAACUUUUUUAGUACUAAAUAAAGUUGAGUACAAAAAAACAUAAGAAUGUUAAGUUAUUAUUGUACUAAACUAAACCUAUUUUUAAGGUUAUAAUAUUUAAAAAAUAUUAAUUUUAUUCUCUAUUUAAAAAUAAAUUUAUAAAACCAUUACAGACAUGCCUAAAAAAUGCUCAGUAGGUAAUUGUCGUGGAAAUUAUGACAGUGCAAAUGAGAAUGUUAAAGUUUACAAAUUUCCAAGUGACAAAGAAUUAUGUGAAAGAUGGUUAGCAGCUUUACCAAAUAAAAUUCAAUCACCAACAGACAAUAUGGGUGUUUGUGAUUCCAUCAGAUCCUCCUUCACUAUUUCCUGGGUGUUUUCCUUCAAUGUUACGACAAACAGGCAAAACAUUCCGUCAAACAAAUUUUGAAAAAAUUUCAAUUGAAUCAAGAAACUCAUUCUGUGAUGAACUCGAUUCUUUCAACAAGAUUGAUAAAAUAAAAAUUUUUGAAGUCAAACAGUUUCUUACAGAUGUAAAGCAGUGGUUUCCUGAUUAUUUUGUUGUUACAAAUGCAUUGGAUCUGUCUGUUUUUAAUAUGACAUUUUCGCGUCCACCAGAAACUAAUAUUUCUGUUACAAUCAAAACUCACACUCAACAGUUACAUGCUUAUGUCAAACACACACAAAUUCAUUGCAAUGAUAUUUUGGGGUUUUCUCACAAACUCACUCGGUGGUCGCAGUUAGAAGCAAUUAUUUCAAGAAUGAAGUCAUCUAAACCUGAAUUAAGCGAGGAACUAAAACAUUUAUUGCAAGAGAUUGAAUGUACAUAUGGAGAAAAAUCUGAUGAAAUAAAUUUUUUGAUUGAACAACUACAACUGCAGAUGAUGCCUGUGAGAGGCAAGCGUUACUCUACGCUAGUUGUACGACGAGCUUUAGAACUAUACCUUUCUUCAAGAUGCUGUUAUCGAAUUCUUUGUGAUACACUUUCACUCCCACAUCCAAGAACUCUUAAACUAAAAUUAGGCAGAAUCGGUGAAGUAGGAACACAAAAGGAAUGUGAAGAAUGUAUUAAAACCGUGUUUGAAACAUUAACUAUUUCGGAAAAACGUUGCUGCCUGCUAUUUGAUAAAAUGUAUGUGAAACCAAGUAUACGUUUUCGUGGAUGUCAUUUAAUUGGUUAUAGUGAAGACAAUCCUGCUGAAAUUGCCAAGACAAUUCUUUGUUUUAUGAUUAAGCCAAUGUUUGGAAAACCAGCUUUUGUGUGUCGUAUGGCCCCAGUUUAUAAGCUAUCUGGCAUUUUUGUACAAAAUUUAAUUGUUGAAAUCACACAGACAGUUGCUAAACUUGGUGGAGAAAUUUUAUGCCUUAUUUCAGACAAUCUUCCCACAAAUCGUAGCAUAUAUCAAUUUUUUGCUUUAAGUUUAAAUGAGCUAUGGCUUGGUAAUAUUUGCAACCAAAGUAUAAUAAUGCUUCAUGAUCCAGUGCACUUGUUUAAAUCAAUUCGAAAUAACUGGCUUACAGAAAAAACUGGAACAAUUCAUCUGACACUAAAUAGUCAAUUAUUUAAAGGGUAUUGGAAAGAUUUGGUAAGUUUAUAUGAAAAAGAAAAAAAUAAUGUUAUCAAGUUGACAAAUCUUUCAUACAAAGCUAUUCAUCCAGGUGUAAUUGAUCGACAAAAUGUCACCCAUAUGUGUGCUGUUGUUAAUGAGAAGACUGUAGCAGCCCUUAAAAUUUGUGAUUUUAAAGAGACAAGCGAGUUCCUUGAAAGAAUAUUAUUGAUAUGGAAUUACCUUAAUAUUAAACAAGAAGGUAUGGACAUACGUUUAAAUGAUCCAAAUAGAGCUUCAUACAAAAAUGUAAAUGAUAAACGACUUCAAGAGAUUUUGACAUUUGCUGAAGCUGUUGCAAAAAUGCCAGGAGGAAAGGGCUGGAAGCGGAACAAAUCAUUCACUAGUGAAACGAAAAUUUCUUUGUCGAAUAUGCUUUACGGAAUUGUAGAUUUAAUCCAAAAAUUGCUGAAUGAAGAUCAUCAAUAUGUUCUUCCCAGAAUAUUUCAGACAGAUCGGUUAGAAGGAGAAUUUGGAAUAUACAGGCAACUUUGUGGAGGCAGUUAUCAUGUUUCAGUUGAAGAAGUUAAAAAUAGUCUUCGUUUACAACGCCUGAAGUUGUUUAGUAAAUUGGAUGCUAUGGGUGUACCUAUUUCUCAAUGCUCAAUUAUUCAAUCAGAGUGUUGUCAAUUAGAUCUGAAUGAGGAUGACAUUAGUUAUCUUGAUACAUCUGUCUCUUCAAUUGAUGCAAUUUCCGAAGAAGAAAAUGCUGCCCUAUAUUACAUUUCGGGUUAUGUCCAGCAUAAAUUUUUACCAAGUAUUUCCGUAUCUGGUACCUUUGUUACCAAUGCAUCUGAGUUUACUGAGUUAGUAUCUCGUGGUCGACUAUGUCACCCUACUGAGGAUCUAUUUCAAUAUGAGAGAUAUGCGUAUUCUUUUUUAUUUUAUUACCUAAUGCAGAGAUGCGGUUCCAGUGCGUUAGAUACAUUUCUAAACUUUUUAUAUAUUUCUAUACAGCUUUACCUUUCGAUUUACAAGCAUUACCAAUCAACACAGUUGUUUCCACCAUUUUGAAUUGUUUUUUCAAGGGUCUAACGAAAUUGAAUGAAUCGUCAGACAAAGUUUCUUUAAAUAUUGAAGACCGCAAAGUUAAAAAGUUUUGCAAAUAAAUCAAACAACAUGCAAUAUGUGGUUAAAAUGGUUAUUUUUUAAAAUUGUUAACAUUGUUUUAACACAGAAGUUAGAUCAUUUUAGAUAAUCUACUUUUUUUGUUGUUGAAUUUUGAAAAUUCUUAUAUUUAUAAUUAUAUUUAUUAUUUAA